AAAGGCAGUCUAGUGGAUCAAAUGAUACGACUGAUGGAACAAUACGCGAACAAUCUCGAGAAGUUAGUUCAAGAGCGGACUGGCAUGUUGGAGGAGGCGAAUCAAAUGGCCGAUAAACUUCUCACACAAUUGUUACCAAAAUACGUAGCGAAUGAGCUAAAAAUGGGACGUGUGGUACCACCGAAAACAUUUCCUGCAGCUACCGUCAUGUUCAGGCAAUUACUUCGAUUCAAUUUCCUUCAGCACCAUUCAAUGUUGACUUCACAAUAUUGCAGUGAUAUUGUUGGCUUCACAACAAUUUGCUCAACGUCGAAACCACUCGAAGUUGUUACCAUGUUGAAUAUAGUAUAUAGUGGAUUUGAUGAUAUUAUCAACAAACAUGAUGCAUACAAGGUUGAAACAAUUGGUGACGCCUAUAUGGUCGUGUCGGGAAUUCCGGAAGAGAACGGAAAUCGCCAUCUUGAGAGUAUCGCCAAUAUCGCUCUCGAGAUAAUGGAGUUCCUGAAAGAUUUCCAAAUACCACAUCGUAAAGAGGAACGUAUGCGUAUUCGACUUGGCUUCCAUUCGGGGCCAGUGGUUGCAGGUGUGGUAGGUCUGACAUCGCCGAGAUACUGCCUCUUUGGUGAUACGGUGAAUACAGCGUCUCGAAUGGAAAGUACUGGUGUGCCUGAGAUGAUUCAACUGAGUGCAUUCACGAACGAGCAACUCCUUAAGUACUACCCCGAAUUUCGCACUGUUUUACGAGGAACCGUCAAUGUUAAGGGUAAAGGUGAGUGCACAACAUAUUUCCUGGAUGGUAAAAAUAACUCGAACGGAUCUGAGCAAAGCGUGGAAACAACGCGAGCAACCGAUCUGGCACAUCAAUAA